AUGGCACGUUCGGCAGCUGUGGCAGCAUGUGUUUUGCUGUUCCAAUCUCUGGGCGCUCUUGCUGGAUCGGUCACGUCGACUUCGUCAGCUCCAUCGUCCCAGUUCACUUCGCCGGCAUCUGCUGAUAUUGGCGCCACCUUGAUUGCCAAUAUCGAUGACCCCAAUGCCGUCAAUGCGCAGACAGUCUGUCCCGGAUACAAAGCGUUGAAUGUCAGCAGCACCAAGUAUGGCCUCACGGCUACGCUGUCGCUUGCUGGGAAAGCAUGCAAUGCCUAUGGAACCGAUGUCUCUUCGCUUAAUCUGACUGUUGAAUACCAAGCGGAGGAUCGUCUGAAUGUUUAUAUCAAACCGACUCAUAUCGACGCCUCCAAUCAGAGCUGGUAUAUUCUGCCAGAGGAGGUAGUCCCCAAGCCCAAGCCAGAGACAGACUCGAUUCCUGAGAGCGACCUCUUGUUUACCUGGUCCAACGAGCCUUCCUUCAACUUCAAGGUGAUCCGCAAGGCCACUGGUGACAUUUUGUUUAGCACGGAGGGCUCUGUUCUUGUGUUUGAGAACCAGUUCAUUGAGUUUGCCAGUCUCCUGCCGGAUGACUACAAUCUCUAUGGCCUUGGAGAGCGGAUGCAUGGACUACGAUUGGGGAACAAUAUCAACCUCACCACCUACAACGCCGAUGCCGCGGACCCACUGGACCAAAACAUCUAUGGCACUCACCCGUUCUACCUGGACACCCGGUAUUAUGAAGUUGACUCGGAGCACGGCACGUACAAGCUUGUGUCCGCCAGCGCCACGCAUGCAUCCAAGGAGUACAUAUCCCUCUCGCACGGUGUAUUCUUGCGCAAUGCCCACGGCCAAGAGGUUCUUCUGCGUCCCGACAAUAUUACCUGGCGGACCAUCGGCGGCAGCAUCGACCUGUACUUCUACUCCGGUCCGACCCAGGUUGAAGUCAGCAAGACAUACCAAACCAGCACGAUUGGGCUCCCAGCCAUGCAGCAGUACUUCACCCUGGGGUAUCACCAGUGCCGCUGGGGCUACAAGAGCUGGAGCCACCUUGCCGAUGUCGUCGCGACGUUUGAGAAAUUCGAGAUUCCCUUGGAAAAUAUCUGGACUGAUAUCGACUAUAUGAACCAGUACCGGGACUUUGAAAAUGAUGCCGUGAGCUGGUCGUACGAAGAUGGAGAGAAAUUUCUCGAAGAACUUCACAAGAGCGGCCGUCACUAUAUUCCCAUUAUCGAUGCUGCCAUUUAUGACCCCAACCCGAAUAACAAGUCUGACGCGUACCCCACACACGAACGCGGCACCAAAGAUGAUGUCUGGCUCAAAAACCCCGAUGGCAGCACCUACAUUGGAGCUGUCUGGCCCGGUUACACGGUGUUCCCCGAUUGGCACCGUCCCAAAACCGUUGACUGGUGGAUCAACGAGUUCGUUGAGUACUACAAAAACGUCAAAUACGACGGCAUCUGGCUCGACAUGAACGAGAUCUCGUCUUUCUGCGUGGGCAGCUGCGGCAGCGGCAAUCUCACUCUGAACCCAGUGCACCCGGGAUUCUUGCUUCCAGGCGAACCGGGAGGUGUCAUCUAUGACUAUCCAGAAAACUUCAAUGUGACCAACUCCACAGAGGCUGCGGCGGCUGCGUCGGCAUCUGCUAGCCAGGCAUCAGCAUAUCCUUCGACUGCUGAUUCUACAACAGCUACCUAUCUCGUCACCACCCCUACACCAGGUAUCCGCAACGUCAACCACCCCCCAUACGUGAUCAACCACGUUCAAACGGGUCAUGAUCUUGCAGUGCAUGCCGUGUCUCCAAAUGCCACCCACGUCGACGGGGUACAAGAAUACGACGUGCACAACCUGGCGGGAUACCAGCAAACCAACGCGACAUACCUAGCCCUAACCCAAGUCUUCCCCGGCAAGCGGCCCUUCAUCAUCUCGCGUUCCAGCUUUGCUGGGUCCGGAAAAUGGACAGGUCACUGGGGCGGCGACAAUGCCUCGAAAUGGCUAUACAUGUUCCUUUCCAUCCCACAGGCCCUCUCCUUCUCCCUCUACGGUAUUCCCAUGUUCGGCGUCGACACGUGCGGAUUCAACGGCAACACCGACGAAGAGCUGUGCAAUCGGUGGAUGCAACUGUCUGCGUUUUUCCCCUUUUACCGCAAUCACAACGAACAGUCAACCCUUCCGCAGGAGCCAUACUACUGGGCAUCGGUCAUUGACAGCACCAAAUCCGCCAUGCAAAUCCGCUACGCCUUGCUCCCAUACUUCUACACACUCUUCCACCUCGCCCACACCACAGGCUCAACUGUGAUGCGCGCUCUGGCCUGGGAAUUCCCCACAGACCCAAGCCUCGCCUCAGCCGAUCGCCAGUUCCUCGUAGGCCCGUCACUAAUGGUAAUCCCCGUGCUCGAGCAAGGCGCCGACAGCGUGCGCGGCGUGUUCCCAGGUCUUAGUGCUGGCGAGAUCUGGUACGACUGGUACACACAAACCGAAUUCACCAAAGCCAAACCCGGCGUAAACACCACGAUCGACGCACCACUCGGCCACAUCCCCGUAUUUGUACGCGGUAGCAGCGUUCUCUCACUGCAACAACCUGCACUCACUACACGCGAUGUGCGCAACAGUCCGUGGUCGCUGCUCGUCGCUCUAGGACGCGAGGGCACCGCGGCGGGUUCGCUAUACGUCGAUGACGGCGAGAGCAUCGAGCCCAAUGCCACACUGACCGUCGAUUUCACGGCCACAAACGCGUCGACUCUGUUCGCCAGCGUGCGCGGCAGCUUUCACGAUGCUAAUGCGCUGGCCAACGUCACGGUGCUCGGCGUUGCGUCGCGUCCGGCUGGAAACGUCACGCUGAAUGGCCAGACUGUGGCUGGCGAUGCUGUUGUGUACAAUGAGAAGAGUAAGGUGCUUGUUGUCAAUGGACUGGCUGAUUUGACCAAGGAGAGCGGUGCUUGGGGUGGAGAUUGGGUGUUGAAGUGGUAA